AUGGCAUCUACUCCCGUCAACACCACAGUCCCCAAAACUGCCCAUGCACAUACACAACUUCAUCCUCGCCUACACCGCACAGCAGCUGAUCCCCGACCCGUAGUUCUAAUGACCUGCGGCAUCGCAGGUUCCGGGAAGUCGUCACUGGCUCACUCCAUCGUCUCUGCAUAUCCAUCCUUCCACCGUCUCUCCAUCGACUACUACGUCUAUUCCCACCACGGCCUCUACGACGUCGACUACCCCAAAGAACGAUGCGAGGAAUACCAGCUCGAAGCCGAAAAAGCCCUACGGGCCGAACUGAUCACCGCCUUAACCGCAGGACAGGUAGAUCUGGUGCUUGACUUUUCGUUCGCGUUCCGCGCGGUGCGUGAGGAGUGGAAGAGAUUGAUUGAGGGGUUGGGAGGGAGAUGGGUAUUGGUGUUUUUGGAUGUUGACGCUGCUGAACUCCGACGGAGGGUUCAGGCUCGGAAUGAGCGGGUCGAUAAGGAUGGCGACUCGGCAUUUUAUGUCACGGAGGAGAUCUUGGAAGGGUAUCUGAAGGGAUUUGAGAGACCUCAUGGGGAGGGAGAGAUUGUGCUGUGA